AGGGUAGAGCUUCGUGUCAGCUUCUCCGCUUACCGUACCAAAAACUGAACAGGCGCUCACUCCCGGGAUCUUAUUCCAUUUUAUUUCACGUUUUGUUUUGAAGUAAAAACCAUUAACAUAUUUUAGGUGGAUUGGAGCAGUGGUAAUCUGCUGCAAGGUAUAGUUAGUAUCUUUUUUUUCUUUUUGUUUUUUGUGGAUAAAGUGGUCCAGUGCCAGCUGGGCGGUGAGUAACACCGCCGCUGCUGUGGCGGUUCAUCAGAGAAAGGACUGCUAUCUUCAGGGAGAUCUUUCGGAAAUACCACUUUAUUGCAAAGGUCUCCCUGUAAAAUAUCAAUGGGCGUGACUUCCGCGAAUCACCUUCAGGAGAUAUGCUGUGUGGCGGGAGAUCUGACUUCCCAAAUUGGAAAAUCGUUCUGAUGUGUGAUGGACCUGAAACUGCUUUUGCUAUCUGCACUGGUAGGAGUCUUCUGCAAUGCUCAAAAAGAGGGGAAUGAGUGCAUCAGUGCUAAUGCCAGAUACUGUGGAGAAUGCAUCCAGGCUGGAGCAAAAUGUGGCUGGUGUACAGAUCCAGACUUCCUAAAGCAAGGAGAGACAGUUUCUACCCGAUGUGACGAGCUUCAGUCUCUUAGAAACCGAGGUUGUCAAGAGAGGUUGAUAGAGAACCCUCGUGGAGAAAAAAGGAUCCUCCAGAACAAAAUGGUGACAAACCGCAGAAAGGGAGCCGAGAAACUAGAGCCGGAAGAAAUCACUCAGAUCCAACCUCAGAAGCUCACUCUCACCCUCAGAUCAGGUGAGCCCCAGUCUUUCAACCUGACCUUCAAGCGGGCAGAAGAUUAUCCCAUUGACCUGUACUACCUGAUGGACCUUUCUUACUCCAUGAAAGACGAUCUGGAGAAUGUGAAGAACUUGGGGACCAGUUUAAUGCUAGAAAUGUCAAAGAUCACAUCUGACUUCAGGAUAGGCUUUGGUUCUUUUGUGGAGAAGACAGUUAUGCCAUACAUCAGUACCACCCCAGCCAAGUUGUUGAACCCCUGUACCGGUGACCAGAACUGCACCAGCCCAUUCAGCUACAAGAACGUCCUUAAGCUCACAAGUGAUGGCAAAAAGUUCAACACCCUUGUAGGCCAGCAGCAUAUUUCUGGAAAUCUGGACUCUCCUGAGGGGGGCUUUGAUGCCAUCAUGCAAGUUGCUGUGUGUGGGGAGCAGAUUGGGUGGAGGAAUGUGACUCGCCUGCUGGUGUUUUCCACUGAUGCUGGCUUCCACUUUGCAGGAGAUGGCAAGCUAGGUGGCAUAGUACUGCCUAAUGAUGGAAAAUGUCACUUGGAAAACAAUUCGUACACCAUGAGCCACUACUAUGACUAUCCCUCGAUUGCUCACUUGGUUCAAAAGCUGAGUGACAACAACAUUCAAACCAUUUUUGCUGUCACAGAGGAGUUUCAGCCUGUUUACCAAGAGCUGAGAAAUCUGAUACCAAAAUCUGCAGUGGGCACCCUGUCUGCCAAUUCAAGCAAUGUUAUCAACCUUAUUAUAGAUGCAUACAAUUCACUUUCAUCUGAGGUCAUUCUGGAGAACAGCAAGCUUCCAGAAGGAGUGACCAUUGCUUACACAUCCCGCUGUAAGAAUGGAGCAAUUACAGAGGGUGAAAAUGGACGAAAGUGCUCCAACAUAUCAAUCGGAGAUGAGGUCACUUUUACCAUUAGUGUGACAUCUAAAGGCUGUCCAAAGCAAGGAAAGUCGGAGACAAUCAAGAUAAAGCCUUUAGGAUUUACAGAAGAGGUCGAGAUUACCCUCAACUUUAUUUGUGAGUGUGAAUGCCAUAAGGAGGGUGUGGCCAAAAGUGACAACUGCCACUUUGGGAAUGGGACCUAUGAAUGUGGAGCCUGCAAGUGUUAUGAGGGACGCGUUGGCAAAAUGUGUGAAUGCAGCAGCAAUGAUGUGGCCACAGAGGACAUGGACCGCACCUGCCGCAAAGACAAUGGCACUGACAUAUGCAGCAACAAUGGCGACUGUGUGUGCGGCACGUGCGAGUGUAAGAAAAGAGACAACCCAGAGGAGCGGUAUAGUGGGCAGUACUGCGAGUGUGACAACUUCAAUUGUGACCGCUCAGGGAACAAACUGUGUGGAGGGCACGGACGUUGUGAGUGCAGAGUAUGCAUCUGCGACAACAUGUGGACUGGAAGCGCCUGUGACUGUUCGUUGGAUACUAGCACUUGUCUGGCAAGCAACAAACAGAUUUGUAAUGGCAGAGGGAAGUGUGAAUGUGGGACCUGCAAGUGCACCGACCCCAAAUUCCAAGGUCCCACCUGUGAAACAUGCCCUACUUGUCCAGGGGUGUGCACUGAACACAAAGAGUGCGUCCAGUGUCGGGCAUUCGGCACAGGUGAAAUGAAGGAAACGUGCGAACGGGACUGUAGCUACUUCAACUUGAUCAAAGUGAAGGACCGGGAUAAGCUUCCUCAGCCCAACGAUGCCGCCUACCCUGUGAUGCACUGUAAGGAGAGAGACGCCAAUGACUGCUGGUUCUACUACACUUAUGCUGUCAACAACAAUACUGAGAAGGAGGUCCAUGUGGUUGAAACUCUGGAUUGUCCUGCUGGUCCUGACAUCAUCCCCAUUGUUCUGGGUGUAGUUGCUGGCAUUGUCUUGAUUGGAUUAGCACUUCUGCUCAUUUGGAAGCUGCUGACAAUCAUUCAUGACAGAAGAGAGUUUGCCAAAUUUGAGAAGGAGAAGAUGAAUGCCAAAUGGGAUACGCAAGAAAAUCCCAUAUACAAGAGUCCUAUCAAUCAGUUCCAGAAUCCAAACUAUGGACGUAGAGCUGCUGUUCUUUAAGGUGAAAAUCCAAUCUACAAAAGUGCUGUUACGACUGUGGUCAAUCCCAAAUAUGAAGGCAAAUGAUGAAGAGUUUGACAUCUGCUGCAUUUGAAGGAAGAUUAUGUUGUUGCAUUUUGUUGCUUCGUCAUUUAAAUGCACACGCGUCUGUAUUUUUACUAACACAUAUUUAUAUGCUUUUGUUGUAUUUUAGCUGUACAUUAUGUGUAUAUACUUUUCAAAUGCAUAUUUCUUAAAAGUUGAUCACUUUAAGUUGUUUUCUUUCCUGCCAAUGGUCUGUUGCGGGCAUAUAAUUUCACCUGAUUUACGGAUAAUGGAUAUCAUGUAUAUUAAUUUAUGCCCCAUAAAUAUUCAGCUUCUCAAAUGUUGCGUUUAUCUCCUGGCUUGUCCUCUAUCCACCUUACCCGUCUCUGCACUGACUGUUUGUCUCUGGUGUCCUUCUAUGUGACAAGAUCUAAAAUGUUUUUGAUACUUCAGUCAUUAGCCAUAACAUCACAUGAUAUCAUAAUAUGUGUAUAUGUUGAAAAGCAAAUAUCAAUUUACAUUUCAUCAUUUAUCUUCAGUUUAGCAUUUUGGCAAGGUUGUUAUGCUGCAAAAGUGAAUAUUUGUAAAUGUAGUUUGGACUGCAGCUCAGAACUAAUGAAGUUUUAUUGCACUCUGAAAUAUUGCUUACUUUGAAGGAAUUACACCACAAUAAAUGGAAUCAAAUGACAUUUUUUUUAUGGUUGAUAUGCAAUCGCGAAUGGAUUGUAAACCACUUGAAAAUUAGGAACUGCUAGCGAUGUUGUCAACUUUUUUUUUUUUUUUUUUUUAAUUAAUCUUAGCAAUCCUUUUUCUCAGGUCCUUUCCUGUGUUUUUGCUAAGCAUGCCAAAAAUGUCUUGUUUUUUUUUGUUUUGUUUUUUAAAGCAUUUAAUCAUUCACCUAAAUGCCUCACAAGCACCACACAUGCGCCUUUACAGUAUUGUUUGGAAAAAGUGCCUUUUAUUUCAAGUACCAUGAUAUCUCCCAAUGCUGUAAUGAUUUAUUUAUUAAAUAAACUGUAAAAACUAAA